AUGGCUUUCCUCUUUCAACCCCCAAUCUUUGGGAACUACAUUCUCCCAGCAGUUCCCAUGAACGUACCUACGAUGCCGGUUGUUCUACCACAAUUCACCGUAACACCUGUUCAGCUAGUUCAAGUGUAUCGGCCUGUCUUUUCUCCACCCAUCAGGAUCAAGGUCAUAUACCACCGUGCAGGAACUGUUCUGGCUUCCAACGAUGCCUGCUACAACUAUCCUCCAGCUCGAGAAACAGUGCUGGGAAAUUUAAACUGGUUGUCUGAACAGCAUGGGCUUGGAGAUGAAGCGUAUACUCGACGUUGUACACUCUAUCUCACCAGAAGCUACCGCUCAAUCCUAACUAUUAGUCCGAUUGAUGGACCUGUUUCACCACCAGAUCUUGUGAAGAAGGUGUCAUUUGGCGAUAUGACAGCCCCAGAUUUCCAUAAUUUGAUGAUGGACACAGUGACAAAUAACUAUGGGGCCUUUAUCUUGGUCGAUUAUGGUUAUGUGCCUAUUAAGAUUCUGGCCCAACAACCCGAUAACGAUCAGAGUACUCCCCCGUGCGGAAAUUCAAAUUACACCACUGACAGCAACCAGAAUAAGUUGACUGACAAUACUCCUGCCACUCAUGAGCCUUUACCGUCAUCAACCUCCUCAACGGAUGCGAUCAACACCAAUGCGCCUGAACCCUCGAACACCGGGAAUGAUACCACCGAGCCUGAGCAAACUGCAUCAACAAGUCAUACAACCCCUGCGGCAACUGAUUCUGAGCCGGCACCCAAGAUGCCUAAAGUUACCUCUGAGUUAUCAAGUGUCAUGGACUUGUUCAUCACUGCCCAAGAGCCCUUUGCGCAUCACCCACUCAAGGCGAAAAGCUUCCCUUCAGCUCUGAGCAGCUCAGCCGACAAACCCCCAGGUGAUGCAAAACCUCUUGUGCCUCUCCCGCCAGUUUCACAGCUCGAGUUUGAUCUCAUUGUCCAUGACCCCUGCCAUGACAGCACUCUCACUGGCUCAUGGGAUCCUCUCCCGACCCCUCUGAGCAUUCCUCUCAAUACCUCCAGGGUUCAUCUCCUCAACCUCCUCCGGGAAAAGCUCCCUGUUGUCGAGGCAUCCAGCAAGAAUCGCCUCAGUCGCCAAGUCCGCCGUCCCAAGCUCAUCUCUGCCACGCUGUACUGGACCUAUGGCGGCAAGAUUUACCCGCUUGGGCCUAGCGACAAGGAGUGGCAUUAUCGCGAUCUCGUCACCAAGACCGACAUCAUGGCUCGUUCUGAGCUUGAGUGGUUUCUUCUCAAGGAAAUGAUGGCUGCGUCUAGAGGGGCACUCAAGUGCUACAUCUCCGUUCGUGGUGAGCACCUCCCGGCCAAGAAGACUUCUGGCUGGUGGUUCAAAAACAGUGCCUGA